UGCAAAUACAAAUUUGUGAUUUUUAUUUUAUUUUUUAGACGGGAUUACUAGUUCUGCGUUUGUAGACUUGUAUCACAUUUUAUUUAUUCUUUUGCACCAUAUAAUGUUUAUAAUGGAAAUCUGUGCGGUGCAUUUAAUAACCAUUGAGAAAAAACAGCCAUACAGGACCAUGAGAAAUAAAUAAAUAGCCAGGAUACACUUUGUACAAGUCUGACAGCCUGGGUCAAAGUCCAAAAGACACGUUUAAAAAAAAAAAAAAAAAGACAUUUAUAAUGGAGAUUCCCAUGUUUGUUGUGGAUGCCUUCACCAAUUUACCAUUUAAGGGGAAUCCAGCAGCUGUUUGCCUUUUGAAACACGAGCUGCCUGAUAAAGUGUACCAGGAGAUAGCUAUGGAAAUGAAUUUGUCAGAAACUGUUUUCAUCACUACAAUCAAGCCUUCUAAGGAUUUCACCAACGAUUCAAGGUUCCAAUUGCGUUGGUUCACGCCAACCACGGAGGUUAAUCUCUGUGGUCAUGCAACUCUGGCUUCUGCUGCUGUGCUCUUCAAACACAAGAAAAAUGUGAAUUCUGCUGUGGUGUUUGAGACUCGAAGUGGCGAUCUGACUGUUGUACCGCGAGGGGAGGUUUUGGUGAUGGAUUUUCCUCUCAACCCACCUACUAAGCAGACUCCGGAUGAUUUUGAAACCUUGAUCAAGGUGAGUGAAACAAAUAUUUCACGGUCAAGGCUUUUAUUUUUCAUUUCAUGUAUUCACGUGAGUCUUUUUCAGGCUGCAGUUGGAAACCACCCAGUCCAGGAUGUUUAUUACAGCACCAGUACUAAAAAACUACUGCUCCGACUAUCUGACAGCUGUGACAGGUCAGUGCUCACCAGUUUGCAAGUCAACCCCGAAACCUUACUAAGCAGUGACCAAAGUGGACAAGUCAAAGGCUUAAUAGUCACCGUGAAAGGAUCUUCAGACCACCAGUCGGGAUAUGACUUCUUUUCCAGAUAUUUUGCCCCUUGGAACGGAAUUCCCGAAGAUCCCGUCACUGGUUCUGCACAUACCGUUCUGGGCAGCUACUGGUCUGAAAAACUGGGAAAGAGGAAAAUGCUAGCAUUCCAGUGUUCCAGGCGAGGUGGAGAGCUGGAGGUCGAAGUGAGAGAAGAUGGAAGAAUCAACAUUGCUGGAAAGAGUGUCACCGUUCUGCAGGGAACAAUUACACUGUAGACAUUAGUGGUGUGACAAUACAGCAAUAUGGAUCGAAGGCCUUUGUAUGGAAUCGAAUCGUAGCAGAUUUGUAAUAACGUUUGGUUUUAAUGUUUUAAUCAGACCAGAGUUCUUUUUCUCAGAUAGUCCGUUUCGUUAUGUAAAUGUGAACGCCCAUUCGAACUCUCGUUCGGACCAAACAACUGACCUCUGAUCCGCUCAAAAAUCGUGGGUCUCAGUCUGCUUUAAGUGCACCCUGCUUCGCUUGUGAAAGCAACCAGAGCUGGGUGCACUUUUGCUAUUUUAUGUGCAGUGUCACAGCCUAGAGCUGUGAUGCUCUAGGGUGUGACGGUACACGCAGGGCACCCUUGGAAGCGGAAGUACAGUGCGCACACUUCAAAAUCAACAAUGUCAAGAUGACGGACGAUAAACCAUAGCCAAAUGUUGUUGUGCUGUGCUAAGCAAUUGCAUUUGAUACACAGAAUCAAUCAUCAAAUCAACAGGCACCAGAAACUUAAAAACAGCAAACGUGAUUGUUUAUUGUUUGUAGCAACUUCUUUAGUGGGUUAGAAAAUUGUUUUUGCCAAGCGGAAGCUAUGCAGAGGCUGGGUAGAACAGCACUGCUGCCCCGGGGACAUGGUGGACAUGCUCGCCGAGUAUGUUCGACCCAAACACUCUCUUGAAGGGAAGAAAAAGGACUUUUUCGGACAAUCUCAGUUAAAAUUUCAAGGCUCUGUGUACUCAUUGGUGGAACAAGCAUGGAGUACAAAAGUAUUUUAAAUUGACGCUUAUAAUUUCGUAUAUAGUGAUCCCUCGUUUUUUGCUGUUAAUGCGGACGAAUGUGUGUUCAAUAUAUUUAUUCAGAUUUAGCAUUGGAAAUAUAUGACAUUUUUUUCCCACUUUUUUGCCAAAAGUAUAAUUAGAAAAAAAACUUAUGCAUAUUUAUAUAUUUUAAUAAUUGGUUUUCAAGCACGAUACGUUUUAAACAUGUUACUGUCCCACCGAAUUGUUUUUAAACAACAAUAAAGUAGAAAAAUGCUACGCUUUAUUAAA